UUUAAAUUCGAAGACAAAUCCAGGAAGAGCUUCAUUGACAACACACAGCAGCAAGUGCCCUUACUUUUUAAUCAACUGGAGUGAUGGGCGACCGCCCACUUCACUGUUCAAUCAAAAACCCAAUUUUAUUAACUGUAGAGGACCAGAAGAAUGUAUUCCAUUCCGGUUGUAAAGUCAUAGACGUUACAUUUCCAAAUGUGUCUUCACCAGAGACGCAGACAGUUCCCAUCUCCUUCUGUGAACGGGUAGGAGAAAUAUGCUUCAAGAACUACUACACAGCUUACGUUUCAAUACGAGUGAAGUUUAAAGCAGCCCCAGAGAACGGAGCAGAAUCAGGUGAGAUCAAGUGGAAGACCUGUGUGCGUAGAAUGCGGCUGAUGCCGAGUCCUCACAAAGAGAGCGGCUCUCAGGACUACUUCGCUAUCUCAAAGAAACAAUUUUCCUUCGAGAUCUCCAACAUUUCAGCCAUGCGCAUUAUCCUUCAACAACCCUCGCCUGUGUGGAAAGAAUUCCGCAUUGAAGAUCUCAGACUGUAUAGGUCUUCUGAGAUGCUUAGUAAACCGCCGCCAUUACCGGCCUGGCUGACGGAAGACUCCGCCAACAGCACCAAACACAAACUGGAGAUUUAUUACGAUGAUCCUGAUUCUGAUGAUCAGGAGGUAGAAGACAUGGGUAUUCCUAACCUAGAAUCCAUCUCAUCCAGCCUGCAGGAGUUAUGGGGAUUGUCUGAAGAGAUGGCAAUCAACCAAAGUAAAACAGAGAUUGGUCGAUAUGAGGUGGAUGGAUGUUAUGAAGUUAAUUUAUUGGCAUAUACGUGACAUUUGCUGUAAUACUAUCAUAUUCUGAAUGAUGAAACAGUGGCCUUGAUGGAGAAGCAAGUCCAGCUGUUUUAUAAAUUAUGACCAAUGUUUAGUGAUAUACACCAUCCAUGAUGGAUUUGUGAUGUACAGUAGUUGUAUACAAAUCUAUGAACUUUUGACACUCCUCAAUUGCAAUGGUAUAUAAUUGUCAUAUAAAGUUGUUUAACUCAUUGUUGGAAUAAAAAGAAUAUUUUAACAAUU